AUGAGCGACGCCAAGUUACAAAGAACCAUUCUUCGGUUUAAGUCUAAAAUAGAAAGCGGGGCUUACUAUGAAGCACAUCAAACAUUGAGAACAAUUACCAAUAGAUAUGUCAAGUCAAAUCAAUAUAAUGAUGCAAUUGAUUUACUAUACCAAGGAUCAUCUAUUUUAUCAUCAAAUAAAGAAUAUGCUUCAGCCAGUGAUUUGAUAAGCUACUUGAUUACUGUGUAUGAAGAAAGUGAUACUAAAUGUACCAAUGAAGGAAGUAAUAAGGACUACAAGUUGAAAUUAAUUGAAUUGAUUAGUUUAUUACCAGAUACAGACCCAAGUUUACCGGAUUUAGCGAAAAACAGUAUUAGCUGGUCCCAGACUGACAAAUAUAAGUUUGGCGAUUGUGAUUUGCAUCAUGCUUUUGGGAUUAAGUUUUUGAAUAGUGUUAAGGAUGAAUCACACAACAUUACUGAAGAUGACAGACAAAAGUUAUUUGCAUACGCUGAAUCUCAUUUAAUAUUAGGUACACACGAAUCCUUGCCAUUUUAUAUUAACUUCCUUUACCAAUGGUUUGGAGAAACUAAGAAUAGCGUGGAUCCCGGUAUCUUUAUGAGCAGAGCAGUUAUCAAUUAUGCGUACUUGAAAAACGUUAAGUUUGUGCAAGAGUCUGUUAACAAGUUUAUGUCCAAGCUUAUUGUCGACCAUAAGGACUACGAAGUUAUUGAAGAAGGUGAAUCCAAAAUUUACUACUACCAAGACCCUGAUUAUCAAUUUGUCAACUUUUUACAAUUAUUAUCCAUUACUCUUACCAAAGAGAAUGCCGGACCAAAAUUCAUGAAGUUGUACGAACAGUAUAAGAGUAUGUUAAUAAAAUUCGGAUCUUUAGGUCCGGUUGAAUAUUUGGGUAGAUUGUACUUUGGCUUAAACUUGGGAAAUCCUCAAGGUAAUCAAAAUAUGUUAGCAAACUUGAUGGGUGGUUUAUUUAAAUAA